AUGGACGUGAAGCGGAUCCUGUGGGAGUCCAAGCUGGCGGUCGCGCUCUGCCUGCUCAUCAUGGCGCGAUGUGUCGACCGCGUGCUCUACACACGGAUCACGUACGACUAUACCGACUUCCUCUGGUACUUUACCAACGUGAUCCUCCCCAUCUCCUUCUUGGUCUCGUCGGCUCCUGUCGUCGCGUACAAGAUCUACUUCACAGACGACAUUACGCAGGAAAUGCGCGACUUCCCGCACUACAAGUACAUGCUGAUGGCACUGUUUGACACGCUGUAUAACUUGCUGGGCGCGUUCCCCACACCUCAUAUUGGGGGGAACAUGGCCAACGUGCUGAGCCAGUUGAAUCUUCCGUUCAAUAUGCUGCUGUCGUACAUAUUCCUACAGACGCGCUUUAAGCGCGGCCAUAUUCUGGGUUCCAUCCUGGUCCUGUACGGUGGCAUGGUGAACUUGAUUCCUACCCUUACGGGCCAGGACAAUGCCAACACGCCGGAUCCGAGUGCAGGGUGGAUUACUCUAUUCAUCGUGUCACUGGUGCCGGCGGCAGCUUCGAAUGUGUACAAAGAGAUUGGACUGAAGGACGUGGACCUGGACAUCUGGUAUGCCAACAUUUGGAUCAGCUUUUACCAGCUCAUCAUUGGCGCUGCUACAAUUUGGACAGUGCGGAUCGAGGCAUUCAGCGAUCCUCCAGUGCCAUGGGCCGACUUCCCAUCCUACAUGGCGAAGGCUCACGAGUGUUUUAUCGGCAACGAAGUUGAGCUAAACGGCAAAGUGCUUGCGUGCGAUGCGGGCGUGAUGGAGGUCUUUUUGAUCUUCAUCAUCUUCAACACAAUGUACAACCAGCUCAUGCUGUACAUCUUCAAGGAAGGCAGUAGUGUGCUCUUCGUAGUGUCGUCCGCCGUGGGCAUUCCCCUCACCGACUUGUUGUACAUGAUCCCCUUGCUCACAGGCAAGUUUGCUGGCCAGUCAUUCACUAUCUACGAUGGCUUCUCGCUCGUCGUGCUUGUGAUGGGACUGCUCGUUUACCAUUCUGAAAAAGAAGAGCGUAAGCGCGGCUCCCAGUCGGUGGAAAAGUCUCCCAUGUACGCGUCGCCGUCGUUGCAGAAAACGCAUCUCAUGCGGAAGCGCCGUGGAAAAGGGGUGUACCGUCAGAGCCCAAUGCAUCGACGCACUGGAAGUGGCAGCGAUAUCCGACUUUUGGCCCGCAACGCGGCUAAGAAGAACAGCUAUGGCACGAACGACAGUACGGCAUGA